AUGGCGCCUCUCAAGCAUGUGGAGAGGGAGAAUCCAAUCAUCGACGCCAGUUUCCGAGAUUUCUGCGCCUCUCAUGGGAUUCAAACAGUUGAGGAUUUUCUGCUUCAUGAUCUCUACGAACUUGCUGCGUUUGCUGAACGACAGAGAAAUGCAGAUAGAUUGAAGGAGGGUAUCACUUUCAUGCUUUCUUUGAUAGAGCUUCAGUGUCGGCCAUGGUUAAACGGUAUGGAGCUUUUGGAGGAUCUUCAUCGUAAUAAACAUACUCUAUCGACUGGAGACAAAGGGAUUGACUCAUUGCUUCAAGGUGGGUUCCGUGAGGGUCAGGUUACAGAACUUGUUGGACCAUCAUCUUCUGGUAAAACACAAUUUUGCAUGCAAGCUGCUGCGAGCGUGGCAGAGAAGUAUAGUGCCAGAGUCUUGUAUUUAGACACGGGGAACUCUUUUUCUGCUCGACGUAUUGCUCAAUUUAUCUGCUCGAGUUCGGAUGCUGCUUUAAGACAGAAAGUCUUGAGCAGAAUAUCUUGUCAGAUGGUCUAUGACGUCUAUACAAUGUUUGAUAUGCUGCAUGGUCUAGAGGUUACCUUGAGGUCGCAGGCGCAGAUGAAUGUGAAUGAGGACCGGUUACAGUUGUUAGUUGUUGAUUCAAUCUCUUCUCUGAUCACCCCAAUCCUCGGAGGCAGUGGCUCACAGGGACGUGCUUUGAUGGUGGCAGUUGGAUAUAUGCUUAAGAAACUGGCACAUGAACAUAACAUCGCUAUACUGGUGACAAACCACACGGUUGGUGCUGGAGAAGGAGGUAGAACCAAACCGGCUCUGGGAGAAACAUGGAAAAGCAUCCCACACGUGAGACUUAUGCUAACGCGAGACCACAGGAACAACAACUGCACUAUCUCCAUCUUAAAACACACAUCUAUGCCUGCAGGCCAUACUGUGACGACCAUGACUCGCGAGGACAAUACACACUGCCUAUAA